AUGGGGGACACGGCUCCCCCGCAAGCGGCCGGUCUGCUGGGAGGAGGCGGCGGCGGCGGCGUGGCGGCGGCGGCCCCCCCUCCGCGCGUGCACAGCGCGAUCGUGGAGCGCCUGCGCGCGCGCAUCGCCGUCUGCCGCCAGCACCACCUGGACUGCGAGGGGCGCUACGAGCGCGGCCGGGCGGAGAGCUCCGGGCGCGAGCGCGAGAGCACGCUGCAGCUGCUCGGCCUGGUGCAGCACGGCCAGGCGGCGCGCAAGGGCGGCAAGCACGCCAAGGCGGGCGCGGCGGCGGCGGCCAAUGGCAACGGCAGUAGCGGCGGAGGGGGAGGAGCUUCCUCGUCGGCCGCCGCCGCCGCUUCAAGCGCGGCAGCGCCCCCAGCGGCGGACUACUAUCAGCAGCUGCUGGGCAACGGGACGGCUGGUGGCAGGAGUGGGAUCAACGGCGAGCAGCAGGGAGGCGCGGCUGGAGGAGAGCAGAGGAACCCGGCUCUCGUCGCGCUUCAGGGUUCCUUGAAGAGAAAACUGGUGGUAAACCUUUCACCAGCCAUCAACAAGAGAUCCAAUGGCAUUGCUGAUAGCACCUUCCUUGAUAUCAAGAGGGUCCGGGUGGGAGAUAACACUCUUUCUGUGGCGCAAGGUGGACACUGUGGUAAUAACUGUCAGAACCCAUCCCUGUUGGGUAGCUUGGCGGUCGGUCAGGGUCCUCAAAGGAAAGUCAACUGCCCAACGAAUGACGCCCACGCCAAUACAAAUGGGAUGUUUAACAUGUCUCUAAAAGAAAUCAAGAAAGAGCCAGGAGAAACCUUCUCUUGCAGCAAACAUCUGGAUGGCCAAAUGUCACAGGGCAAUGCUUUCCCUAACAGAUAUGGAGAAGAUGCAGGGGAACAGUUGAUGGACCCAGAACUUCAGGAGCUGUUCAAUGAACUGACUAAUAUUUCAGUGCCUCCCAUGAGUGACCUUGAACUGGAGAAUAUGAUAAAUGCAACGAUCAAGCAAGACGAGCCAUUUAAUAUUGACCUCGGGCAACAGGUCCAGAGAGUGCCCCCGGCCAGAUCUUCUUCCCUGCAAAUGGACAAAAUAGUGAUCAAGCAAGAAUAUUCCCCAGGCAUGAGCCAAGGUUCUGUGGGGUCACCCCAGAUGAGACCUUCCUCUACGGGCCCAGCCUUCACGAUGUCCGGUGCUGCCAUGUCCACCUCGUCACCGAUUCCUUCGACGGCCCAGACUCAAACACCUCCAUCUCAGGCGUCCUCUGUUUCCAACCGACCCAUGCCCAGCUGGCAAGAAGUUUCUCACGCCCAGCAGUUGAAACAGAUAGCAGCCAACCGGCAGCAGCAUGCCUUGAUUCAGCAAUGCCAGCAGAACCAGCCGUCCGCCUGGCCCACAUUGCCAUCCACAGAACCGUCCCCUGGACCUUUUGUCCAGGAGAAGAUGCCCAACUCUUCUUUCCAUCAGCAGCAGUUCAGCUUGCAGAAUUCUGGAAUGCCUGGAGUCCCGGUAAAUGGGAAUCAGUCGAAGGGGGUCAACAGCUACGUCUACAGGACAAACUCCAUGCCCCAGGGAAGUUCCAUCAACAUCAUAAUGCAGCGGAAGGUUCAGGACCUGAGCCGAGCUUACAUGAGCAACACCCAGCUGCCGCUGGAAGAGCCUCAGAACAACGUAAAGCCUUUAUUCCACUUUAACUCGGAGCCAGCAAACCAGCAGAUGCCUUCUGUUUUGGGUGGCCAAAACAAGCCUUCUGUCCUGCACUAUACGCAGCAAGCGGCCCAGCAGCAGCAGCAGCCUAACUCAGCAACUGGGCAACCGCAGACGCAGCAGCAGCAGCAGCAGCAGCAGCAAUCACCACAGACACAACAGCAGCAGCAACCUGCCCAGCCUCUCCAAAGGCCCCCAAACAUACCCUUAGCUUUACAGCAAAAGAUAAUGCUCCAGAAGUUGUUGAAAAGCCAAUCGGUUGCAGGAAUGCAGUAUCCAGUUCCACCGCAACAUCAGCUGGAUCAACACUCCGUCAUAGGCCAAAGCGCAGAGCCCAGUCCAGGAUCGGGUACUUGCUCCAAUCCAAACACUGGGAGCAGUUUCAUGAACUCACCCCAGCAAGCAUUAUUGAAUCAGCAAUUGAAACAACAGCUCCUUCUGCAGCAGCAGCAACAGCAGCAGCAGCAGAUACUAACAGAAGCGGAGAAAAUAACUCCUCAAGAUCAAUUAAAUAGACACUUGACAAGACCACCACCAGAUUAUAAGGACCAAAGAAGAAACCAGGUCAACAUCCAGCAAACACAUCAGUAUUCGGGUGGAUCGCCUGCCAUGAGCAUCAGCUCCAACAUGUGCUUUUCCAGCCCCGUCUCCACGCCCAGCAUCUCGCAGCAGGCUUCUACUCUUCUCUCCGCUGCCCACGGAGCCAGGAUGCCUUCUCACCCAGCCACCCGCCACGUGGUCUGCUACGGGAACAUCCCUUGCAGUCAACCGAGCGCGUACACCGUGACGACGUCCGUGGCGAGCCAGGUCCCACAGCACAGGAACCCAAACCAAAUCAUCCCCAGUCCAAACGGUUCUGCUGUGUCUCGGCAAGCGCCGCCAGGGCAAGGAAAUAAUUUGCCGGCGUUUGAGAGUGGGCCUGGGAUCAAUUCCCAGCCAGGGAAACUCAGCUUGAACCCAGGGCAAAGACCUUUGAAUGUGAUGGUCACCUCCAGUUCCGCUGUUCAGAACUGGGUCUCGCAAGAAACCGGGGGGAAGCUGCCGGACACGCGAAAGGCAGUGGGGCCCCCUUUCCCCGCGGGUAGCCCUUAUCCAAACCAGCCACUACAGCGCGCCGUCGGCCACCAGCAGUUUCCACAGCGUGCCGCAGUGCCUCCUAACCCUUUAGGUACCGUCCAGAUGAGAACGCCGGUGAACCAUAGUUUAAAUGGGCAGGCUGCGGGGGCUCAGAAAGCCCUGAGUGCGAGGCCUAACCAGGUACGGGCGCAGGCCGUGCCGCACUUAAAUCCGCCCGGGGCGAGCGUGACACCCCCAAACCCUUUGCUGCUGAACCCUUUCCAAACUGGGACCAGCCAAACCACGGCCAGAGCUUUCCAAGGAACUGACCCUGUGAAUGAUCUGACUUUUGACUUUCUGAACCAGCAAGGGGACAACAUCGGGCCGGCCCUCAACAGCGAUUCGGACUUCAUCGACUCCUUGUUGAAAACGGAGCCCGGGAACGACGACUGGAUGAAAGACAUCAACUUGGACGAGAUCUUAGGCGGUCAUUCCUGAGA